AUGAACGCGCCGGACAGCGCGCACGGCUGGUGCCUGCCCGCAUGGUAUACAUACCUUUGCGAGUGUGAAGUCACCAAGCCAGACUUAUGCGCAAACCACAAGAGCGACACGGCUAUCCCAUCAUGCCGUUCUCUAUUAAAGACCGGUCAGCUUGUGGAGCACAAUGCCAACUCUGGACUGCGCGACAAUAAGAAAGACAACCGCCGUGUAUCGCACAAAGCUGACAUGGGCCCCGCAAACAGGUUCGAGCUCUUCUUGCUAGACGAGGGCCAGCAGAAGGUUGAGGAGAAGGCCGAGACGCGCGUCCCGAACACGGCCGUCUUCACCUUCAACAAGGAGGACCACACGCUCGGCAACCUGCUCUCGGCUCGCCUCCAAAAGAAUCCAGCCAUAUUGUUCGCCGCCUACAAAGAGGCGGUUAUCAGGACCUGCACCGAGGUCAUUACCGAGCUGUCCAAACUCAACGACAGCUUCCAGACCGAGUGGCUUGGAAAGCGCAUUGUCAGCGAGGGCGAGGCCGAACGAUUGCAGAGGGAGCAAAACAACUUUUAA